CUUCAAACCGUACAAAGCAUAGUUAUGUACUCGCUUAGAUCUAUUAGAAAUUUCCGGUUUAGUUGUAAACUUGAAAAAUGAAGCGAUUUCUAGUCUAUUUUAUCUUACUGCGUCUACUACCAUGUUGCCUCGCUUGCGGAGGAACGCUACCUGGAAUAUCCGGCAACGUCACGCACCCUGCGUAUCCUGACGAUUAUGCUAAUGAAGCAAACUGCAUAUGGAAUACUGAGGCGAGAGAAAAAGAUGAAGUCUUCUUCGUGUUUGAGAUGCUGGAUAUCGAAGAGGACAGAGAAGGGUCGUGUUCGUAUGACUACGUCAGUAUAAAGUUUCCUGACGAAGAAGCGGAAAAAUUUUGUUCCUUGCAACAAAAUAGAGAUGCUUCAAAAACAUUCGAAAAAGAAGGAAUUGGUGAUCCGGAGAUUAAGUUCAUUUCCGAUGACAGUGUUCAACACAAAGGGUUUAUUCUUCGAUAUAGAAUCGAACGCUACGAUUACUGUGAGAGCAGUCCGUGUCAAAACGAAGGAACUUGCGAACUUGAUGACGAUACGGAAGAAGGAUGGAAAUGCGAAUGCGCGUCAGGGUGGACGGGUCAAGUAUGUGACGAAGAUUUAGAUGAAUGCGAAGAUGAGCCUUGUGAAAAUGAAGGCAAAUGCUCAACACCAGAGUUUGAUAUGUAUUCAUGUGAAUGCCCGGUUGGAUUUUCUGGGGAAAACUGUGAAACAAAUAUUGAUGAUUGCAAAAGUUCGCCGUGUCAAAAUGAAGGUUCAUGUGAAGAUGGUGUCGAUAGAUAUGAUUGCGAGUGUGUGGAGGGUUAUACUGGCGAGCAUUGUGAAACAGAUAUCAAUGAAUGUGACUCCAACCCAUGCCAGCAUGAAGGGACAUGCACUGACCAAGUUGGUUCAUUCAACUGUUCAUGUUUAGAUGGGUAUGAAGGAACUCAAUGUGAAACAGAUAUAAAUGAAUGCCAAUCCUCCCCUUGUCAUAAUGAUGCAACAUGCAGAGAUGGUGUGGCAAAAUAUGAAUGUGUAUGCACUGAUGGGUUUCAUGGUCAAAACUGUGAUGAAGAAAAAAAUGAAUGCUCUCCAAAUCCUUGUGAAUUUGAUGGAGUAUGUGAAGAUGCUUUAAAUGGGUUCACAUGCAUCUGCGCAAGUGGUUACACAGGUGAGACUUGUUCUAUUGAGCUUGAUGAGUGUGAUAGCAAUCCUUGCAUGCAUGGAGCUCACUGUGUUGAUCAUCCUGGCUUAUUUGAAUGUAUUUGUAAAAAUGGAUACUUUGGAACAUAUUGUGAAACCAAUCCAUGUGAACCCUCUCUAUGUAAAAAUGGUGGGACUUGUUCCAUAGAAGGAGAUGAUUUUACUUGUGCAUGUGUGGGUGGUUAUACUGGUGAUCUGUGUGAGCGUGAUAUUGAUGAAUGUGAAUCCCAACCUUGCCUGCAUGACGGUGUUUGUGAGAACUUGGUUGACCAAUUCCAAUGCUCCUGUAGAACUGGAUUUUCAGGAUAUUCUUGUGAAAUAAAUAUUGACGAUUGUGCUUCUGGUCCUUGUUUAAAUGGUGGCACCUGUGUUGAUGAAGUAAAUGCAUUCAGAUGUCUUUGCCAUGAUGGCCAUCAAGGAAUCUUUUGUAACAACACUUCCCAGGCAGAUUGGCAUAACAAAGCCCAUCUAUUAUCUGCAUUACUACCAAGCCUUCUUCUUUUACUUAUUGCUGGGAUAUUUGCUCUCAUGUUUUUCGCUUACUUGCGAAAGAAAAAGAAAACCGAAAAUAAAACAAAAGUUCAUGUUAUUGACGUUAAACCAGCAAAAGAUCAUAAAGAACACAAAACAUCAAAAAAGAGUAAACUUUACAACUCACGAAGAAAGCCUAAAGUAACGGAGACUCCUCGAUAUAAUGUUGAUAACGAUGUGGUUUCUGUUGUGGAAGAUGGAGUUUAUGAUUCAUGCAGACCAACUGCAUACAUUGGCAGAAUAACAGAAGCCCCAAUGAUUGCAAAACCAACUUAUCCAGCAUACCAGCAUUACCAAGCACCCAUGCACCCUGCUUUGUUUCAUCCAAUACCACCACAAAUAUAUCAAUACCCACAACCUAUUAAGCCUUUGCCACGACGUCAUAUUCAACUUUAUCAAGAUAGUUUACAAAAUAACCGAAAACCUCCUCGUAAGAAAAUACCUGAUGAAUCAGAAGAAGAAGUUACCACUGAUACCUCAGUAAGCUCUAGUGAUGUAACUCAACUGAGCACAAGAAUUCAAAGACAUGAGAGCCAAAUGCAAAAUUUUUCAUCUGAAAGUGAAUUAGAAGAAACGCACUACAACUCAAUGUCUCCGGUUAAAGUUGAAAAACCCAAAUCAUCGAAAAAACAAAUAAAAAAUGAAAGUCCAAAUCACUGGCAAGAAAGAGACAACCAGAAAUUGAACAAUUUUCCAACAAAACACAGAUGUUACACAACGGGGAGUGAUUUAGGGCCAGAAGUUGUGAAUUCUUUAAUAAAAGCCGGAAAAUAUAAAGAUUACGCAAAUCGUCAUAUUUACUACCGGAAACCACAAAAAGGAGAAUCAAAGCGAAAACCCAAGUCAUCUGUUUCAUUUCGUGAACCAGUUCAUUUCCAAGGCUUAACACCAACAGCUAAAUAUGGAGAUCCCAAACCAAUGAAAAGAGAACGAACAUCUAUUUUUCCAAAGUUAGUCAGACAGGCAACGUCGCUAAGAAUGAAAGAAAAAAGUAACUUGAUUAAACCAGGGGGACGGAGUGCUUUGAAAUCUAAGAAAAAGAUUUCAUUCAAGAAGACACCAGACAAACAGCUGUAUUCAAUCUCAGAAUCUCCUGAUCCAAGAAACAUAAAAGAAAUUGAACGAUCGACUCCGGAAGGUCGUGUUAGUGCAAGAAAUGAUUCAAAAUCGGAACAAAGUUCUGAAAUUUAUUCAUCCCCAUUCAAAUUAAUCCGAAGAAAUAAUGUAAAUAUGAACAAAGGACUUGGGUUUACACGAGAAAAUGCUUUUGUUCAAAAUAUUUGAUGAUUUAUUUAACUUGUAACUUUUGCCUUGUAUUUAACUCAUAUACCCUGUAUUUGAAUAUAUCUAUUUAUUUUAUUUGUAUAAAUUUUCGAGAUAGCCAGUUAAAUGUAAAUAACAUUUUAAUGUAUCUAUUUAUCUUUUUGUUCAUUUUCGAAAUACCUAGUCCCAUGUAAAUGUAGAAAUAAAUAAAUAAUAUGAAAUAAAAAGACAUUCUGAAGUGAAAAAAAACAGACAAGUUUCAUACAGAACACAGAAAAAACUUUUGUAUUUUGUCUGUAAAAACAAAAUGAUAUUUUAGUUCGUGUUUUUUUGUAAUGGCAUUAUUUGUCUGCCACACAAAGUUUUAGUAAGCCACGAACAUUUUUUGUGUUUUAUUUAAUUUAAUGUGAAGAUUUAGAACACAAAUAGAAAUUAUUGCAAGAAUUUUACAACAUUUUUUGCUAUGAAAAACGCAGUGUAUUUCCGACAUUCGGCAAGACUUCAGAAACUUUGAAAAUACACUGUUUUUCAUACCAAUCGGCUGUUAAAAAAUAAUUUACAUUUCACCUGGUAGCAGGUGUAUAAAGCAGAUGUAACAGAAUGUCAAGAACUGGUUGACAAAAAUGAUAAGUCUGAAAGACGCGGCCUAUUAGGUUUUUUUCUCCUAAACUUCUGCUUGCGUGUAUUGUUGCUCUACAUUUUUUGAUGAAGUAUUUCCGGAUGGCAGAAGAAACAUUGAAAAUACACUACAUUUUAUACCAGAUAAGCUGCUAAAAGAUUUUUUACCUGUUUCUGUUUUCAUUUACAUACAUAGGCAACUAUUAUAUCAUUAUUUGUUUAUUUUGCUUAUUUGUUAUCGGCAGUUAAGGCAGUAUCAUAUCAACACAAGAUUAUUUGUUUUAGAUUUAAAUAUAGAACUCGAUACAGUUAACCCAUAAUUGCUAGAAACAACAUGCAUGUCAAAUAACUUUCCAAAAAACAAAACGGAUAACAACUCAAAAAUUUUGGGGGUUAAAAACAUUUUAUAUCACUAAUUAUGCAAUUUCCUGAAUUAUAAAUUUGCGAAUUGAUUUUAAUUAAAAAUUAAAUUAUUAAGGGACCACCCAUGUUCACCCCCUAGUUGCGCACCUUCUUGAAAUAGAAAUAAAAAAUAAUCAAAAAUGGUUGAGCGAGCGCACUGGAACG